GGGCCGUGACCUGAAAAUUUCUGGCCACUCUCUCCCCCUCCCCAACACCCCUGGGCUGGUGGUGCGUCUUCGGACCGAGUGCGGGGGGCGAGGGGGCGUCCGGGAAGGGGGAGGGGGCCUCGCGAGACCCCUCCCCGCGUCCCGGGCCGCAGCGCUGAAUCACCGGCGAGGUUUCUGCAAACCCGUGAAUGAGCCAGACACCCGCCGCUGUUACCUGGUGCCUGGCGUGAGGAGGAGGCAGCGCUGACAUGCCCUCAGCCUGAACCCGGCGGCCCCCGCCCCCACCCCCGCCACCCUGCACUGUCCCAGCUCCCCUGAGGCCCCCACACUGCAGUGCGGCCAGGCCCCCUCCCCACAGGGGCCGCCCCUGCUGCCCACCUCUGGUGCCCGGGGCGGCCCGGCCCGCAGGGCCAUGAAGCUGCAGGCUGUAAUGGAGACCCUCCUGCAGCGGCAGCAGCGGGCACGCCAGGAGCUGGAGGCCCGGCAGCCCCCGCCGCCCCUGCCGCCCCCGCCGGCCGAGCUCCCUGCUGGCCCCCCGGCCCGUGGCAGGGCCGCCCCGGAGGAGGACAGAGAGCCAGAGAAGGCCCGGAUGCAGCGGGCCCAGAUGGCUGCGCUGGCCGCCAUGCGGGCAGCGGCUGCAGGCCUCGGACCCGCACCAAGCCCCAGCGGCUCGGAGGACGGGCCCCCCAGCUUGGAGGGUGAGGACACGGCCCAGGAAGGGGCGCCAGGCUCACCUGCCCCACCUGGCCGAGGCAGGGCGGCACCGGGACACGCUGAAGGCGACGGGCACUUGGAGGACGUGGGCUCCGAGGGCGACCUGAAGCCAAAAUGGGAGGAGGAGGAUGACCUGGAGGACGACCUGGAGGACGACCUGGAGGAGGAGGAAGAGGAGGAGGAGGAGGAGGAGGAGGAGGAGGAGGACUUCGAGGGCGAGGAGGGGCUGGGGCCACCCGGCCCUUCAGGUCUGGGCCCCACAGCCCUCGUCCCCCGCAGGGCCCCGCCGUCCCAGGCCUUCCGUGGCGACAGCGGGCCCCGGGCGCUUGGCCAGGAGCGCCAGGGGGCCAGCCUGGCCCACUCUGGAGGGGCUGCCCACGGGGCGCCCCAGCUGCCGCCACCCGACCACGGGGACUGGACCUACGAGGAGCAGUUCAAGCAGCUCUACGAACUGGACGGGGACCCCAAGAGGAAGGAGUUCCUGGAUGACUUGUUCAGCUUCAUGCAGAAGCGAGGGACGCCCGUGAACCGCAUCCCCAUCAUGGCCAAGCAGGUGCUCGACCUGUUCAUGCUGUACGUGCUGGUGACCGAAAAGGGCGGCCUGGUGGAGGUCAUCAACAAGAAGCUAUGGCGGGAGAUCACCAAGGGCCUCAACCUGCCCACGUCCAUCACCAGCGCUGCCUUCACCCUGCGGACCCAAUACAUGAAAUACCUGUAUCCCUAUGAGUGUGAGAAGCGCGGCCUCAGCAGCCCCAACGAGCUCCAGGCCGCCAUUGACAGCAACCGGCGGGAGGGCCGGCGCCAGAGCUUCGGGGGCUCUCUCUUUGCCUACUCGCCGGGCAGUGCCCACGGCAUGCUGUCCUCACCCAAGCUGCCCGUGCCCUCCCUGGGCCUUGCCACCAGCACCAACGGCAGCUCCAUCACCCCCGCUCCCAAGAUCAAGAAAGAGGAGGACUCAGCCAUCCCUAUCACGGUCCCCGGCCGCCUGCCGGUCUCCCUGGCAGGCCACCCCGUGGUGGCAGCCCAGGCGGCGGCCGUGCAGGCGGCAGCAGCCCAGGCAGCCGUGGCCGCACAGGCAGCUGCCCUGGAGCAGCUGCGGGAGAAGCUGGAGUCCGGGGAGCCUCCUGAGAAGAAGAUGGCCCUGGUGGCUGACGAGCAGCACCGCCUCAUGCAGCGAGCACUGCAACAGAAUUUCUUGGCCAUGACAGCCCAGCUGCCGAUGAGCAUUCGUAUCAACAGCCAAGCCUGCGAGAGCCGCCAGGACUCUGCCGCGAACUUGAGCAGUCCCAACGGCAGCAACAGCAUUAGCAUGUCCGUGGAGAUUAACGGGAUCAUGUACACAGGAGUGCUGUUUGCUCAGCCACCGGCGCCCGUACCACCCUCAGCGCCCAGCAAAGGCGGUGGUCCUGGCAGCCGGGGAGGGAACAGCGGGACCAGCAGCAGCGCGGGCAGCCAGGCCGGGCCGGCGGGGCUGUCCACGCCUCCCACAUCUUCUACCUCAAAUAACUCAUUGCCUUAACCGCACCACUCCCCACCCGCCACCCCCACCCCAGGAGCCUGCCUGGGCGGGGGGGCGGGGUCGAGGUGGGCCACGCAGGGGCCGGGACGGCGGAAGAUACGGGUGGGGAGGGGGGUUAUCCACGAAGGAGCCACAGCUAACGCCAAAAAGAAAAGAAAAAAAUAUAUACAUAUAUAUAUAUAAAGAAAAUUUAAUAAAACAGGGGAAAACCAAGGAACACUUGAAUUACUCAGGUUCGGACAUUCAGAGACGUGAAUUGCGAGAGCAGCGAAGGAAAUCGGAAGAGAGAGGGGCACGUGUUUCCGAGGGCUGCAGCCCUGCUGGACCAACUGACUGGGGUCUGGGGUCUGUGUGGCCGAUCCUGUUUACCUCAUACAUCUCUGCACUGUGUGUUUUCAUUUUUUGUCUGUUUUUUUCCCCUUUUUUCCCCCAUUCAUCACACACCACCACACCCAGCUCCUUGUGUUGAAUGAAACCCCUGAGCCAAGAUCAGCUGAAUUUUUUUUUUCUUGUUGCUUUUGGGAACUUUUUUUUUUUUUUUUUUUUUUUUUAAGAAACAGUGAUACUCAAGAUCUAUAAGGCUUUUAAGAGGUUUCGGGGCUUUGUUUUGUAAAUAAUCUAUUUUAUUCUUGGGGGAGGAAUCAAACCUUAGGAAAAGGAUAUAUAUAUCUAUAUAUUUGUGUUCAUUCAGGGAAACUGGACUUGAAAAAGCAAAAAAAAAAAAAAACCCACAAAAAAAACAACAAAAAAAGAAAAAAAUAGAAAAAGAAAAGAAGUAAUACCCUUCCUAUUUUCCCACGACUGGUUUGGGUUCCUGUGUGUGCUCCCUGUGCUGCAGUGGGUCUAGCUGGCAGGCGCAGGACGCGCCCUGGGCCAGAGCCAGGACCGGUGAUGAACUCAGGUGCUACGGGUGGGGGCAGACCGGGGCUACCCGGGGUCCUUUUUUCCCUCCUGCCAGAGACUGGAAGUCUUAACUAGGGAGGAGGUCGGGCUGGAUGAAGGGCCCUGGGCGUGGGAGGGGGCUCCACCUAUCGGCGGCCCCCAGGCUCCUGUCUCAGGGAUGAAUGUGGCCUGGGGGUGCUUCUGGGGGGGGAGGGCUGCUCUGGGAGAUUAUCAGUACCGGGGGAUGGGGUGAGCCGGCCUUAGCUCAGGGCGAGGUUUUUGGGGCCACGGCAUCCUGAACAGCCCCCGCUUCCAUUCUCUUCUCCUUAACUUUGUCCCUUCCUUCUCUCUCGGCCCCGUUUGCUUGGGGUCACAGCUGCCCGCGGUCACUAAAGUAGCUGGAGGCUGCACCCGUCUCUGCACAACCCUUCCUCCUGGUUAGAAGGUGGGUGUUGGGGGGCUGGACACGGCUGGUGGGAGGUUAUUCCAGGGGCUGGCGGUGGUCCUGGUGAGGCAGCACCGUCUGCCCUAAGGCCCAGGCGGGUGGGGGGCUUUCUUGGCGCCCGCUGGGUCCCCGUGGACCCGGUCGUGUUGGGUAGUGCUCCUCACGCUGCCCAGUGGGAUUUUUGUGGGGAGGGGGGCACUGACUCAGCUGUUCCCAGGGUGAGCCUGCAUUCUCUAAUUGGGCUCAGGAGCCCGGCCUAACGAGGGGGAGGGCAGCACCAGCCUCCCCCCUUCCCUGAUGGACCAGGCAUCCUCCCCCUGGGAGACCCGAGGAGGGAGGGUCCUGGGCCCCCAAGGCUGGGUUUUCCUUUGUGUGGGGCUGUGCUGUGUCUUUGGACUGUCUCCGGGCCCUUGACACCCCCACCCCCAGCCUUCCAGGAGCGGGGUCUCCUCGCUGCUUUUCCUUCUGGAAGGUUCUGCCCUUCCUUCUCUGGCGGCAGCAGCACAGUCAUGGUGGGAGGGGACCUCUUUGUCCCCAGGCACAAUCCGGCUCCACACACAGAAGCCCCCCCGCCCCCCGCCCAGUCCUCUCACCCCAGCCUGACCUGUGGGCGCCCCGGCCGGAGGCCUUCAGGUUCCCCCGGUCUUGCCCUUGUUGGGGGGGUUGUCUGCAGCAUGUUUCUUUCUACCUCAGGCCUGACUCUUAAUGCCAAACCCCGUGCCCUGGCUCUCCUCUCGCCCCACCCUCCCCAUGGGGCCCCUCCACCUGGAAGGCCCGUAGGCCCGCUUUGUUCGUGUGUGUGCGCACGGCUGUGUGUGCGGACCCGGUGUUGUGUCGCGGGUCGAUGUGGCCUCCCGGAUGUAACUCAGGGUGUGGCCUGCUGUUCAAGUGAUGAUUGUAGGGGACAGGUGGGGGCGGGGCAUGGGGCCCAGAACCCCCCCCACCCCCGCCCCGGGUCCGGGCUAGCCAGGGGGCGGCUGUGCUGGGGGGAGCCCACCUGCGCUGGGAACACGAGCAGGGUCCUCCCCCGCCUCUGCCUUCGGUGCCCCAUCCAACCCCCUGCCCGCCCCGUCCCUGGGGCUUAGGGAAGGGGAGGCUUUCUGGGGUGCACAUCAGCACCCCUUAUGCAAACCCCGGUGUGCAUGGACGGGGGCAGCUGUCUCUGCCCUGGCUUCUGUGCUGGUCCUUCCCAAGCGGGCUCUGCUGCGAGGCGAGGGCGGAGACCCCAGACUCAGGGUGGAGAGGGGCCCGCUGGGGCGCCCCUGAGCUGGGGGCUGGGCGUGCAGGGUGGGACGGCGGGUUACUUUCCGUAGUUCGGCAUUUGUACACCCACUUUCCCAUUUUUACCACUUUUUGCAUUUUUCUCUUGGCAACCAUGAAUUCAGCCUUUCAUUCCUGACAUGUGAAAUUUCAGCUUCUCUGGUGUUCGUCAGACGGCGCGGGUACUGCGCCGGCACUCAGGUUAAAGUGAAAAAAACUUUAAAAAAAAAAAAGGUUUAAACGACUCUACCUCUGGCCGGGCCUGGCCUUGUUGCCCUGGCCAGGGCGGCCUGUACCGAUUUCAGUUUUUGCAGAACAUUCAGGUAUUAAAAGGGGGAAAAAACAAAAAAAA